GCGGGACUGACGGGAACCAUGGUGGCGGCUGGUGGAGGAGCGGCGACGAGUUGGGCUGACAGCGCAGAAAAUUCCAUUAUCCUGGCAUAAUCUAGAAUACAACAUGGGUGACAAUGACCCAGGAAAAGGCAAACUUGUGUCUGAGAAUAACAAUAUCGCAUACUAUGAAACAGAAGACGAUGAAGAGGAAAUGACUAGAGAAGACAAGAUGGGAUUUUCUGGUAAAAAUGGGCUUGUGUCCUCUUCCUCUGGUACAGUUUAUGAUCGGACAACUGUAUUAAUAGAACAAGACCCUAUUGGCUUAGAUGAUGAGGAAGAAGAUGAAGAAGUAGGAGGCAACAAUAACAACUUGGUGUCUUUUUUAUCAGAGAGUGGAGAGGAUAACUUUUAUUUGAUAUCAGAUCCCGAUGGAAUGUCACAGGGUUAUGUGCAUCAUACUAUUUCACCUGAUCAAAUUCAGUUUACUAUUAAUCCUGGAUCUACCCCAAUGCCCAGGAAUAUUGAGGGAGCAACACUCACUUUGCAAUCGGAGUGUCCUGAGACCAAGGUUAGAGAGGUAAAACGGUAUCAGUGUACAUUUGAAGGCUGUCCGCGAACAUAUAGCACAGCAGGGAAUCUACGGACGCAUCAGAAGACUCACCGUGGUGAAUACACUUUUGUUUGCAACCAGCAAGGCUGUGGCAAAGCCUUUCUCACCUCCUACAGCCUACGAAUCCAUGUCCGAGUCCAUACCAAGGAAAAGCCAUUUGAAUGUGAUGUACAGGGUUGUGAAAAAGCAUUUAACACACUGUAUAGGCUGAAAGCCCAUCAAAGACUUCACACAGGGAAAACGUUUAACUGUGAAUCAGAAGGCUGCACUAAGUACUUUACUACACUCAGUGACCUGAGGAAGCAUGUCCGAACGCAUACAGGAGAGAAGCCAUUUAGGUGUGAUCAUGAUGGCUGUGGGAAGGCUUUUGCUGCCAGUCACCAUCUCAGAACUCACGUCAGAACACACACAGGUGAGCGACCCUUCUUAUGCCCUAGUGAUGGCUGUGAAAAGACUUUCAGCACACAGUAUAGUCUCAAGAGCCACAUGAAGGCCCAUGAUAAAGAUAACUCAUUUAAUGCAUCGAACCAGAAUUCUGUGAAUGAGGAAACAAACCAUUCACUUUGUUUGAGUGAUCUGAGCUUGAUAUCCACGGAUUCAGAACUCAGAGAAAAUUCACAGUUGACCCAAGGACGUGACCUGAGCACUAUCUCAGCAGAAAGCAUCUUUGAAUCCAUGUUUCACAAUACUGAUAGCUGCAACAGCCCCAAUGGCUCGCAGCAGACUGAUGGAGUAUGUGGAAUAGCUGGAACGUUUGGGAGUGACCCUCAGCCCGCACCCAUUGUUAAUACGGCUCUAGAAGAUUCUGGAUCGUUGUUGUCAUUUCCCAUCCCACUUCAAACCAUGCCACAGCCAAAUAUUGAGAGACAAUUCCAGCAAGCAGCAGACACCGCCUCCACGUCAUUGGAUGCUUUGGCUACCAACUCUCAUCAAACAGCAUUUGGAAAUCCUGUUGGCGUUUUACAGACACCCCAAGUGCCUGUCCCGCCAGUGACACAAUUUUCAACUAGUCAGCAAGAGUUUGUUCAGCCUUGCCCAACACCACAACAGCCGACGCAAGGACUUUCAGCUAUGUCUAGUAAUGGCCUUGCAUCAUCCUGUAACACAGAACCAAUGACGCCUAUGGUACAGACUGUGCCUUUAGCUACUAGUAGUUCUUCUAUAACAAUUAAUCCAUCACAAAACGCCACUAUUCUUCAGCCCAGCAUUGUAAUGGCGGACCAGAACUUGCAAUGGAUCAUAAAUGGAGCCAAUACAGUUCAACAAAAUUCUGAGAAAACGCAACAGGGUCCUAAAGUAGAAAAGGUGUUUUUUACCACAGCAAUACCAGUUACUGGCAAUACAGGAAACCCAGUGCAGCAGAUAGGAUUGAGUGUUCCUGUCAUAAUCAUCAAACAGGAAGAGUCAUGUCAGUGUCAGUGUGCCUGCCGUGAUGCAAGUAAAGAGAAACACACCAACAGCAAGGAAAAUCUAUCACGGGAAGCUGAUACUUCCCAGAUAACAUCUGAUCAGGAGCAGGCCCACCUGCAGUCUCAGACUUUUCCUUCCAGCUCCAAGGGAGGCAGCCAAGCAGCACAGUCACCCUUGCAGACUGAACUCCAACCAGACAUGAGCAAUAUGGAUGUUACUUCCUUUCUUUCUCUUGAGAGUCCGAGAACCCCUUCAACUUUGUCUGACAUCGAGACAAGUGACAUUCAGGCACUGCUGCAGAAGGUAAAAGGGGACUUGAGCAGCAAUUUCUCCAAAUAAUUAUGCUCAAAAGAGGCUGAUUUUCUAAAUUUAAAGAAAAUACUUGUUUUUAUUUAUGCAGAACGGUAAAGAGUAGGGCCAUUUUUAUGCAGAACAUCACUUGCUGUGAGCAAUUUUGUGCAAAAAUACUUCUAAUUUUUUUUGUGCAAGCUGAAAAGGGUAACUUCUACUCUAGGUUCAUUUUAGCGUUUAUAUCUUCAAUAGUUUUGGGAAAAUUUAUCUGGACUUGGAUUGUAUCUAGAGUCUCAAUAGGGGAAAAAAAGGGAGAUAUGUACUAAGAACAAAUCCACUGAGAAUAAAUGGCAAAUAUCCAUGUGCUGGUGCAAAUGAAGCCCCUAGGUGUUUAUUGAUUGACUUGUAAGAAGUUUUUGAUGUUCACCCAAAUUGGCUGCAACAUAGAUUGACAGACCACGGGCUUAAAAACAGAUGGGUUUGGAUUAUGCCACUGGUCCAUUGUUUGAGAGCUACUCUUCCUUCACCAACAGAAAAUCCUGGUGCCAAACUAGUAAAUUGAGUAAAUUUUAUGGCAGUGUUUGAUUUCUGUCACAAAAGGCUUUUUAUUGCCUUUACACAGCUCACUUGGAGCCCCAGGUGACCAAAGGCAGUGUUGCAGAGUAUGAAAUGAGCAAGUCUGCAUUGUCUUUGAUCUAACCAUGGUCAAGUGCAUGAUCAAGCCUGCAGUGAAUUAUCAAUCUUCUGGUGAAGUAUAAUCAAAAAAUACAGUUUGCUUCAGUUCUUGUGUUGUGUUUUCCAGGAUUACAGUGGGUGAGAAUCUCAAUGGAUUAUGCUGCAUUGCUAAAUAGCUGGAUCUGGAUCCUAUCCAAAGCCGUUGCAAAAGCUGCUAGGUAUUCAGAUUAUUUCCAUUUUACUUCGGAAGGACAAAGAAAUAAUCAAAUGAAACUUGUUACAAUUGAGCACUGUUUGCCCUGCGCAGGCAAAUCUCUGUCAUAACAAUGGCAAUGUCAUGCUGGUAGAAUCAGAAAAAUUGUUUUGAGUUUAAAUCAAAACAGAGGAUUUGAGCACGCUUACUGUAGCUCUAAGAUAUAUAUACCACAGUGACAUUUCCAGGGAAGUAAAUGUUUUCUCUCUACAUGCUCAACACCCUUGUAUUUUUGUUUAAUAAGAUUUGUUCAAGAAAAAUCAUUGAGGAAAAACAAAACUCAUUGCUUUCCAAAAUUAGAACACAUACCUGAGUACUGUACAUCCAUAGGAUUCCCAAUACAUUUCAAAAUGUAUUUUAAUUUAUUCCCAAUGGUUACCAAUUGAGAACUUGGUGUUUGAUAGUCUACACACUUACUGCUGUGGCACUGUGUGAAUGUACAUGGACAAUUCAUGCACAUUAAAUAACUGCUUCCAAAUGACACUGGUCAACUGCAUAAAGUUGCUAGUCAUGCAGAUUCCAUGUGUACUGUCAUGUGAAGUACUGUGAAGCUACCAAUGGAAUGUGGGAGCUGAAAACAUUGGAAUAUGAGAAAUAUUUCAGUACUAUGUGAAAGAGUCCUUAUCUGGUAGGUCACAGACACAAGCUUCCCAGUGCUUUCAGCAGAAUUUCAAAAUAGGUUUACUUAUCAACACUGGAUAUUCUUAUUGUAAUCAGUUUGGGAUGACUCUGCUUCUACUUUGCAUUUGCUGUGUUGCAUUUUGAGAUUCAAAACUUCUGGAGAAACAGAAGUGAAGAGGAUAAAGGAUGAAAUAAAUAAUCAUGCUGCUAUUAUGACCUCAAAAUUUAAAAUAACACCAUAAAACAACUUUUUAAUCAAGUUUCCUUAAGUGUAUGUGUUAAAGCAAUUAACUAAUGAAAUUGCUCCGUGGUAAAGUAAGUCUAUAUAAAGCAACUCGUUUUUUUUCUUUUAAACCUUUUAGUUCAAGUUUCCACAAAAAAAGUGUAAACUGAACUGCGGUACAGUCAGUUAGUACACUUUAGCUUUUCAAAUUCUGUUCACGGGGAUUAUACUGAAAAUCUUUCCUGUAAAUUGUUAGAAGUUCUGUGGUGCUUGGGCAGCAUCAAACUAGUCUGUGUCUGAGUUGGAAAACUCAGUUUAAUGUUAUGCAAAUGGUACGGUUAAUCCAGGGCCACAAUGUCGGAUGUUAGAUAUACAAAGCUUGUAAUGCAUUUGGGGUGCUUUUCUAAUGACUGAUAGACCACUGUAGGACAGAAGGUGUCUUAGUCUGAACCUGUGAAUUGGUGCUGGCACUUGAUGCAAAAGUUUUGAGCAUUGAUUGUAAUUUGAGAAGGGAAAAAUAAAUUUUGUGAUGGGGUGGGAAGUAAUGCAGUAUAGUGGAAAUCAAGAAAGUAUAGAUGUUGAAAAUUGCAUAGUCAACAUUUGAAAGUAAAUGUGCUCUUGAGCUCAGACAUCCAUCAAACCCAAAAAUAAGUAUAUUCCCUUGUUUUUGUUCAAAGUAAUAGUCUUAAUGAAAAUGUCACAAUUUAAAAAACUUUAAUAACCUAAAGUAUAUGAAUGUAGCUUACAAAUUUUGUAAGAUAAGUUGGUUUGGAUUUUGUCUUAAUUGUUAGAAUUUUUUUUACAUCAGAAGUCAUUUACAAUAUCAACUAAUUUCUUUUUGGGGAAAAGUCAUUAUUCCAAAAGAAUAUCUAAUGGUAAACUUCCAGUCUGGCUCUGGGCUUCCCCUUAAUGGAUGAACAGAAGUCCUUUUACCACAUACGAAACCUAGUAACGGGUGUUGAGCUGAUAAAUAUUUUAAUUGAUAUUAAUAACUGAGAAAAGUUUAAAGUUUAAGUUAUGUGCAGGCUCAAAAAAAGUUUAAUUAAUUACCCUAAAGUCCCAAACUACCCUAUUGUUGCACAUGUAACAUGGGGUAAAUUUUAAACAGAGGACCAGUUCUAUAACAGGGAAGUAUUGGUAUUAGAGGCCAGCAUCAGUGCUUUCUCUUCAUUAACAGAUUUUGGCUGUUCUGUGAUUUAUAGCUUUUGUACAGCACUAUUGAUUGGAUCAGGCAUUGUCUAGCAGCUUUAUGGUUUAUUUAGCUUCAAGGUACAGGUGCUAUCACUAAAUUUAAGUCUUUUCAAUGGCCUGAUUUAAAAAGAGUUAUUGUGUGCUUUGGACAACUCAACUCAUUUAUUGUGUUAUACAAAUAUCGAGCUGUCUUAAGUUGAAUUAAGAAAUACUAAGAGGAAAGUGAAAUUCUGAAGUAAAAAGUUAUCUCAUUUGGAGGAGAAAUUUAAACUAAUUGCCUAAAAUUAUUCCUUGGUAAGUUUGUGCAAUAGCAGCAAUUUUCUUUUUGGUGUUACUGAGCUGGAAGGUGCAAUUAAAUGAUUGUUUGUAUUCAGAGUUUAUUCUGGUGUCAUUUUAUAAUACAAAUCUAAAUAUAUUUUGAUUGAGUAUUAAUUUAGUGUAAUUAGCAUUGGGAAAUGUAAAGCCAUACUAAUAAAUCUGCUUUCCUAAUAAUUGUAGACAAAAUUUGCAGUGCAUUUGCUGUAAUUUAUCAAAAUUCAGAUUUGAUCUAGGCAUCUGGAAUAAAAUAGCUUUCUUUAAUGUCUUUCCCACUGCAAUUUAAUUUGAACAUUAUUCAUAAUAGAACCAGCAGCAAUCAGGACAUAAGAGUCCUCAGAAGUGUUUAUUCAUUGUCGAAAUGAUUGGAGGCCAGGAGUCUUAGGAACAUUUCAGAUGGUGGCGUUCCAUGUGUCUGGUGCCUUUUGUUCUUCCAAGUGGUGGUUAAAGAGUACUGAAUGUGUAAUUUCUAAAAACUAUACUUUCGUUUUCUUCCUUCCACUUCUCGCACACUUCCCUCCCCUCCCACCCACUCCCCCCAAAUAAAAUCAUCCUCACUUCAGCAAAAUAAAAAUUGCAGAAGUUGAUGGUCUCCUGUGGUUCCUUUCUCACAGUAUAUUGAAGUUGUUCAUUCGAACUGUGUGCUCGUUAACGAAAAAGACUUUUAGUUUGUGGUUGAACUUCCAUUAAUAUUAUCUGAUUAGCAAAUGGCUGGUAGACAUGUUUUACCUGUAUUCUAAUAUACAAGGUAAUGCAACAUUUUUGGAUACUGUAAGUUCUGUGUCACGGCUCAGUUAUCAUUUGCAUAGUAAGAUUUUGCUCUAAGUGCAUCUGGGUAUUCCUCAAGACUGAGUAAUACCACCUUUGGUCUUCACUACUGCGAUGAAAUGUGUAACUUUCAUGAGGUCUUUAACAAAGCUAUGUAAUUAGAUUGACAUCUCUGAUUUUCAGUACAGACUAGUGUUCUGCCAGUGUUAUAGCACUUCAUUAGUAAUCGUAGUUCAUUAGAAAUUUGGAAGGCACCAUUGGUCCCAUUGAAUACAUACUAUGUCUUGCCAGUUUGGUCUAGUCAGCAAAUGCUCUCCUGCUCUUUGUUCAAGGCCCUGCAAAUAUUUUCAUUCAAGUUCUAGUCCCUCUUGUAAGACCAAAUGGACUGACUUUCUAUCAUCCUUGCAGUUCUGGUGAUCUGCAAGAUGUAUAGCAAAAAUGUGAUGUUUAGUGUACUAUUUUAAAUUUAUUUAGACUUUGAUUAUUUAAUUCCAGAAAUUCAUUGCUGAAAUUUAUCCCAUUAUUCUUCACUCUAUUUUUGUAGACUUCAUAUUAUUUCUAAGCUAUUUUCCAUGUUUUAAAUAGGCUUGUUUCUUUAUUUUUUCAGUCUUUUACCCUGAGAGUCAUGAGUUUAAAAGUACAGUUGAUAGAAUUCACAUGAAUUUUUUGAGUAAAGUUUCCAAAUUGCAGGUGGUAGGUCUAUCCUAAAUUAUGUUAGGCCGAAUAUUGACAUAGCUGUUGACUGAUUUGACUUCAAAUACCUUGACAGAUGUGUAAGCCUGCAGUAAAUCCUGUUUUUGGAAAUUAUUGAGAAUUAGAAGAUUCUAAUAAUCUGAAGUUGAAAUGAUACGGGAAGGAGUAUAAAAUAAUUACUGUGUACUUUACUUUGAAUUUUGAAUACAGAUCAUUAGAAUAUGCAAUAAGUUAUCAUAAUAAAUAAAAAGUAAAAUUGUUGAAAUUAUUUGUUAAAAUAAUAUAUAUAGUGAUUUCAAAUCUUCCUAAUUUUACCACUUUGACUAAUAAAUCAAAACUGUUAAUCAGGAAUGCAUAGGCUGAUAUAACUUCGGGGAUAAUGGUGGGUGAACCCAAAAUCUCAGGUUUGCACCUUUAUCAGUCUAUUCAAUACAGCUUGAUACAAAACGAGUAGAAAGGAAAACCAUGCUGAACUCACUAAAUUCAUAGUUUAAACUGUAGUAUAAUUUGAAUUCAAAUGCAAUAGUUUGUUUAUUAAUAGGGCUUUCGAAGCUUAAUAUGUAGGAAUUUCUAAAACAAUUGAAUAUUACACUUGUUAUCUUCCGAUCCACAAUAAGACCAUUAUCAUCACUGUUUAACAUGAUUUCUUGGAUCCAAUGUUUACAGUUUUUCAUUCUUUAAACAUCAGAAGGACUAAAUUGUUUUAUUUCUCUGUAGCAUAUACAGUACCUGGAUGAUGGUGAAGGGUAGUCUGUUCAUUAUUUUUGAUUAAAAUUGAUUUCCAGCUAGAAAUUUUUAUUGGAAGCAGUGUCUAAUUAUAAAUAAAUGCAUCUCUUAAUCAUGUAUUUACAUAAAUAAUAAACCUAUUGAAAUUUAAUCUAUCCGUGCAUCCCUCCAACUCCAAUUUGUGACGGGAUACAUAGAUUUUAAAGUACUGUGGUCUUUCACUGGCAAGGGGAAAGGGAGGUGAGCAUAGUGAAUCAAGAUUUUGGGUUCAUCCACCGUUAUCCCCUUGCUCAAACUUGUUUUCUUGUUAAAGAGCCGUGGCUUCUUAUGAACUUGAGUUUGUAAGAAGUGUGAAACAUUAAAGUGGUAAUCUCAAUCAUUUGGAUUAGGAAUAAUAAAGCUUCAUAUAUUCUCAGUGAACCUGUUGGCCCUGAAUAUUUUGAGGGAAAAUCAGCUACUAGAUUUCAUUUCAAAACCCAAAAUGAAGUCAGUUGGGAACAAACCACUGGCCCAAGCAUACAUGACAACCUGUCCUGGUAGAGAGGGCAAUUCAUUGUCAGAUUAAAACAGCAUCAUAUUUAAUGAGAAGUUGCAAGAGGGAGCUCCAGUUGUAAUAAAUUUCCUGCUUUCUACCAUUGCAGCUACCUACCUAUAAUAAAGGUAAAGUGACAACAAUUCACUACAAAGUAAGUGAUGUUUUUGCAAAUUUAAUUUUCAGACAACCCCAAAGAUUGUCUGUCGGUGUUAUACAUCAGCUACAUAAUAUUUGGACUUACGGCUUGAUAUACUUAAUGCACCUUAGUGGAAGACCUCAUUCUUGAUGCAAUAUGCACUGAUGUUGUGAUGAGUUUUAAUCUAUUGUUGCUAUAUAUUGAGACUUCCCUGGUUCCCCUAAUGUAGUUAGGAACACUGUAUAGUAUCAUAGUCUGAGUCACUGAUUCCUUUGUUUUUAAAAACCUAGAGUUGGAAUAUUGCCAGUUAUAGCUAAUACAGGUUCACUGGCCCAACUUGCUCAUUUAUUAUGGGUUCAGCCGCCUUUUUUAUGCCUCUUGAUUUAUUAAAUGAGGUGUAGAAAUAGUUCAUCUGUGCAGUGACAAUAUUGGGGUUGUCCUCACCCGAAUGCAACUGGCAGCAUGAAGCUUUGUCAUAGAGAUACACCGGACAAAAAAAUUGUAAAAGCUGUCUAAAAAUCACAUUUAAAAGUAAUAGAACAACUCCCUGUGCCAAAACCUCAUUAAAAUGACAACCAUUUUGUUGCAUUGUGUAAGUGACCUAUAGUAUGAACUAGAUGCUGGAAAAUCUUUGCAUGCAUCUCUGCUGACCGUCAAUCAAAAUCUCUCUGUUUCUCUACCCUUCCUUCCCCCUCUUAGAACAUCUUUUACUCACUUUAAUUUGAAAGUUCUUAGAAACAUUAUUAGGAGACUUGUUUUGAAUUUCAUUUGAACAUUAUUCUGUGGCACUGUAAUUGCUGAUAGCAAAUGAAUUUACGUUUCAUCCAAAUAUCUACUAUUCAGUUUAAUCUGUACACACUAGGAAAACUAUACGAGUUUCUUGCAACAUUUUUUAAUCCUUUAAGUUGAAGCACUUUAGGUUGGUUAAUUUGCAAUUGUGUUGUGCUUUUGCACACUUUGCUAAGAGGACUUUAGUUUUGCAAACUCUCUGUAAAUGUUUUGCUUUAAUUUGUACAUGUUACUUUUGAAAUAUUGUGAUCGUAUGAAGAAUAGAGUAUGUAAUUUUAUAUUGUAGUUCAUUUGUUGAAAAAUACCCAUUAAUGUCAGCAUAAGUGGUUUACGUACUAGGGAGAGCACUGUAACAUAAUUAUAUUUUCAAAGUACUGUUUCAUUUCGUAUCCCAUCCCUUGCUCAUUUACUACAGAUGGUUUGCCUGCUUUCUUCGUGGCACUGUUGCUUUUGAGGAAGCUCUUUGCAACCUAGGAGUCAAACCACUUUGUUUUAUUAAAUUAUCAUUUAACUGGAUACCUGUUGCAGAAACUGUUUCCUAAAUUUUAUUUUUAAAAUAUAUAUUAGUAUAAAUUGCAUAGUGUGAACUAGUUUCUGUUUUAUUUUUAUUGCACACAACAGCUGGUUAAACCAAUUGGAAUUCUCUUGCCUAUACGGUAAACUAACAGUGAAAUGAGCUGAAACUUCAGUGUAAAGAUUUUAAAGUGGACUGAGGCAAAUAGGCUUUAUUACUGAACAUAUUUGAUAUGGAGAUUCACUCUUCCAAGCCCCAGGUACAAAGUACAACAGGAGUGGGUCUCUACAAAGGUGAAUAUGCCCCUGGGUUUCCCCUUGCUAACUUGGUUUUUACCUUUAAAACUCUAAAAACGCUACACAUUCGGUCAAGUUUGUUGGUAUCUCUAGUAGGUAUGUAGGAAAUUGGCUGUUUGUACAGCAGUGAUAUCAGGGCCUUUAUAAGAUAGAUUAGUGACAUAUUGAGGAUGAGAAACUGCCUGUCUUGUCAAAGAGUGGCUACUAUCAUCAAUAACCAUUCAUUUUUUAAACCAUCUUGUUUUUCUGGUGAUUUUUAGCCUUCCUUGUAGCUCUUAUUCUCCAGAUUAGGGAUAACUCACUCUGGCAUCCCUUCCUCAAUGCUACCUGAAAUGUAUUUUAUCUUUUUUGUAAAAAUGUUGGGAAAAAUGGAAAACCUGCCCUGGAGUGCAAGUUAAAACUAUCUGAGCUGAAAUAUUGCUUUGCAGGCUUGGUAAUGUGAUGUCCUCAUUCUUAUUGGAAGAGAUGGAUGCUCUAAUCCUGUUUAACUUAUGAGUUUAAGCAUUUUCUUCUAAAACAUUAACCAGGCAUAGGAAAUAAAUACUGCUCUAGACAUUAUGCUCAUCCUGAAAAUAGAUAUUUCCUGGAAACUGAUUCUUUUUUUUAAGUUAUAAUUCACAAUAUGGCGAUAAUAAAGUGAGCUCUUUGCUACAGACCUUGCAGUAUUUAUGCCGCACACAAUAUAGAUGUAACUUAUUUAUCCUGUCAUAUGUUGAUACAGCACAAUUGGUUCAUGAUUGGAUUGUAGCCUCUUGACUGUAUAUGCAACGUCAAAAACAAAGCAAAGCACACCACAAUGUAGCGUGUAGAGUGGGAAUAGAGAAAGCUUUUCUCUAGUGCUGACUUUUUGUAAUAUUCCACAGGCCUUACAUGGUGAAGCCAAGGGUUUGGGGCAGAAAAAUUGGAGAUUAAAAAAUGCAGCAUGUACUGUAUUAAUGAAUCUGUUUAAAUGUGUAGUUGGGAGUGUCUUCAUUCCUGAAUUCUGAUGUGAAAACAAAAAAGUUACAGUUGCUUCCAAAGGAAGAGAAUGUCUCCAAAACCCAAAGAGUGAAGAAUAACAAUGGAUUUGUAUUUUUGAAGAAUGUAAAUGUAAAAAAAAAGUUUGCUGAAUUGCUUGUUUUUUGUACUAAAUUAAUAUUGUACUUUGGUUUGGAAAAUCUGCUAAUAUGUGGGAAAAUUUAACAUUUUUGAAAUUGAGCAAUAUGAUGCAUAAGAGCCUGAUUAAUAAAUACUGACUUAC